AUGAGGUCCUUGGCAAAGAGUUAGAAAAUGCCAAAGAAUUGAGCAGACAGACCCAGGAAUGAGAAAAGAUCCUCCAUCUGCUGCUGAAAGAAAAAAAAUGACCUCAACUUUUUUCACAGAAAAAAUCCAAAUCCCUCUCAAUAAUUCACCCAUUACAAAAUACCAAUUUUGCCUUUUUCCCUCUUUCAUUCAUGGAAGAAUCUGGGAACAAUGAAACCCCAAUUUGCAAUCUAGUUCAAGACCAUCUUUUUUCAAUCCUUUUUCUUUUACCCAUUAAUUCAAUCCUUUCUUUUGCUUUAACUUGCAAGAAAUUCAAUACUUUAGCAUCAUCUGAUGCUUUUUGGGAAUCUAUUUGUAGAAGAGAAUGGGGUUCUAAUUGUGUUGAUGCUCUUAAAGAUUCAUACUUUUCAGCUAAUUAUGGUGGAGAGUACAUGCCAUGGAUGAAGCUUUACCAGAGGGUAUCUCAGUUAAGCUCUAUUUCAUGCCUCAGAUUAACUGACCCAGUUGCUGAUAAUUUGGUUCCUUGCCCUAGAGCUUCUCAUUCUCUCAAUUUUGUCUCAAAUUGUUUGGUUUUAUUUGGUGGAGGAUGUGAAGGAGGGCGUCAUCUCGAUGAUACAUGGGUUGCGCAUCUUGGAUGUGAUUUGAAAACCAUAUUAAAAUGGCAGAAGGUAACUUCAGGCUUUCCAAGUGGACGUUUUGGGCAUAUUUGUGUUGCGAGUGGUGAUUUUCUCAUACUUUUUGGAGGCAUCAACGAUCAUGGUAUCCGUCAAAAUGAUACCUGGAUAGGGAAAAUCGCUAAAACGAGUGAGACUUUUGGUGUCACAUUGUUUUGGAGGCAGCUUGAUGUGGGCCCAGCAGCCCCACCGCCACGCGGGGCCCAUGCUGGAUGCUGUAUGGAGGAUCGGAGAAUGUUUAUCCAUGGAGGGAUCGGCCCAGAUGGUGUUAGAUUAGGGGACUUUUGGAUCUUGGAAAUAUCCGAGAACUUCUGUUAUGGAACUUGGCAUGAAAUCGUUACUCACCCUUCACCGCCCCCGCGUUCUGGACAUACCUUGACAUGUAUAGACAAUUCGAGGACACUGCUUUUCGGAGGACGUGGAUUGGGUUAUAACGUUCUUGACGAUGUAUGGGUUUUCAAUGCCUCAGAAGGUCAUCCCGAGUGGGUUCGUGUUCGAUUCGACUUAUCGAAUACUCCCUGGGAAAGUAACCUUCCAAGAGUUGGUCAUUCAGCUACUCUUAUCCUCGGAGGGAAGCUUCUAGUUUAUGGAGGUGAAGACUCUCGAAGGCACAGAAAAAACGACUUUUGGUUGUUAGACGUGAACUCUUAUAAGCACCGUUUCUGUACGAAAAUAUGGAAGAGACUGAAAUCAUAUGGCUAUAAACCUAACGCCCGAUCCUUCCAUGCAGCAUGUUCUGAUAAUUCAGGCCGUCUGUUAUACAUAUUUGGCGGAAUGGUCGAUGGUACACUUCAGCCCGCGGAAUCAUCUGGUCUCCGAUUCAAUGGUGAUGUCUUUGCAAUAGAACUUUGCAUUACUCUCAACUAAUCCGUAACAAGGGGAAAAAAACCGAUCUCCCCGAGGAGCAUAUUCGGAGAAUUGUGUACAUAUGUGAUGUAAUAUCCGAUUAGAUGUAGUUUUGUACAGAAUAGCUCGAGAGUGAUCUGCGUGUGUAAUGAAUAGAUGAGGUUUGUGUGUUAGUACAACGAUUGAAGAUGGAUUGUUGGUUUAUGUUUGAAGCAUUCAUGCUGGUACUGCAUGAACUGUGGCACUAAGCAGCAAGUGUUUGCUAGGUUUAGUCUUGUACAUACUUAAAUGUAGCUCUUUUUGUUGAAUAGAAUGUAGAUUAAUGUGCUACUAGCUAGUAACUAUUAAGAUCAAAUUGGACCGUAACUUUCCGUUGCGUUCUGCGUAAAACUACAAAUCUACAAUAAUUUGACGAAGAGGAAUACGAAGCAUGGUAUGAAAUACAUGACCUAUUUUUCGCAAACUGUCUGACCGGACAUUGGCGAACCAAUGUAGUUGCAAGGUGUAGCAACUAGCAAGAGAAUGCCCUGUUUUUGGAGUAAUAAGAUUGAUGGUUGUUCAAUUAUAUAUGUUGUCGGAGGUUUGAAUUCCAAAUCCUAAAAGCUAUAAUUUUGAAUUGGUUUUGCAAAUUUAAUCUUUUGCACUAUAAGUUAAAAAUAAAUAAAUUUCUUUGUAAGGAAUGAUUUUAUAACUACUAGCUUCCU